UCGCCGCCGCCAUUUGUCCGCCUGUCCGUCCGUCGUGGAGGCUGCGAAAGUUGGGUCCGCCUGUUCGCCUGUCCGCGCUCUCGUUCAGCCCUCGUGCAUCCUUGCCACAUCCAUCAUCUCGCCCGAGGCUCGACAGACAUGGCCAGCAAUGGCGCCUCGUCUUCGUCGUCGUCAUCAGGAUGGUCGUCGACCGCGCUCACCCCAUCGACGACGUCGCUGCGGGGUCAACGAGUGCUAGAGGAGGAAGCCUACAUGUCCUCCCUCUCCUCCCUCAUCCAGCGGGACUUCUUUCCCGGACUGCCCCGCCUCAAGGCAGAGAACGAGUAUCUCGAGGCCCUUCAAGCGCUCGACGAGGGGGAAGCAGGCGGAGACACGAGGCUCAGGAGAGCGGAGAGGGUGUUGGAUGAGUUGGAUGCGCAGGAGGAGCUUGGCAGGCGAGGGAGACGGGGUCGCAACAGUAGCCGGGCAAGGCAGGCUUCGAUGACGCCCUCAUUGAUGAGCAGGAUGGGUACGCCGGCAGACACGCCUGCUCGUCCUCUCGAUCGUGGCUGGGAUCCCACGCCAGUGAGAGGUGGCCAGACCCCGGGCUCGCCGAUGAGGCAGUCACGUUACGAGGACCCAUCAGACGACGCAACUUCAUCGACUGUCAGCGUGGCAGGCCACACACUCUCCUCCUUCCAACACGCCUACACAUCAGAGGACAAUGCUUCCUUCCUCUCCCUGCUUCACGCCACAAAUGCCCAGCGUCGGCAAAAAUACUCUCGCGCCUUUGGGAAGGAGCAAGAGGCUAAUGCCAGGCGCACCUUUGUGCUUGAGGAGGCGAGGAAGAGGGCCGAUGAGGGAUACGCACGCUCCGUCUUGGCGUUGCCCGAGGGGAAGAGGAGGAAGCUCAUUGGAAGUGGUCAGAUGGAUGUGGGGACGAGGGAGAGGGUCAGCCAGCUCGAGCGGCUGAAAGGCUGGGAGGGGCAAGAUAGGAAACUGCUCGAGUCAGCCCAGCCACAAGGGCAGGGCAUCAGGCUCAUCCGGUCGGCCAGCGAGGAGCUGCCUGAUGUUGCAGACGAAGAAGACGAAGAGGCUCGCAACAAGGCUCUCGUUGCGCGACCGCGCUCUCUAUCUCCUCCCUCGGACCUCAAGCCACUGAAGCACUCCCUCGAUCCACGCUCAGAGAUUGCCGUCCCUCUCCAUCUCUACCAAUCAGCACCCCUCUCCUCAGCGCAGACCAGCCUUUUGCGACCGGACGAGGACCCAGACGGCGUGCUCGCCACCAAGCCCAUCCUCCCGUCCGCAGCAAGCGCAGCAGCCUUCCGUUACAAGCUGCGCAACGCCCUCUUCUACGGGCCGGACGCCGAUGUCAGUACGGUGGACAAGGCCAGCUCUUCGCUCCCUACCACCUCCGAGGCUGCAAGGCAUGUGCCCACCCAGUCUGCAGCAGAUCGCCUCUUCCACGCUCGUCAGUCUCUUCAACGUCAAACCAACUUCCAUAACACCGCUCUCCCUGAGCAGGAGCUCUUUCCUCAGUCCAAGUACCCGGGGAUGAAGGCGAACAAGCAUCGCUCGUCUUCCACGUCUACGUCAGCUUCGACGCCACGGUCAAGCAGGAUCGAUAGCGCUUUGGGCGGCGGGUCGAGGUACGGGGAUCGAUUCGAUGAGGAUGGCGAGAGGGUGGACGCGGGACCUACCGUGAACGGAUACGGUUUCGUCACGCCGCAUCGCAGUCCCGCACCUUCUGCGGUGGAAGAUGAAGGCGAGCAGACGAGCACGCCGGGUAUGAGCAGGCGACGUCUCCUUUCUGCGCGUAGCAGGGGCUCAGGCAAUGCGAGCGGUACAGUCGGGCCAGGCUUCGCCGUUCCACCUACGCCGAGGAGAGAUGAGAUUGCGGCGCGACUGGCGAAUGGUGGUGGGCGUAAGGCGAGAGGUGAGCGAAGGGACGGUGCUUCUUCAAGCUCGUCGGCAUCCUCGCGCCCAGCAAGCAAAAGAGCAGAGAUGCUCUCCCCUGCAGCGAAGACGUUGCUCAAUCGCAGCACGGCGAAGGGACUGGGAGGGAUGACGCCGAGAGGUAGUGGUGGCAGCGGCAGUGGCGGUGUAACUACGCCGCUAGCUCGCAGUGGAACGCCGAGGACGUCGAGCAUGUCGUACGGAGGCUCGCUGGGGAAGAGGGGAUGGGAGGAAGAAUCCACACCGCGGCGUAGAUAGGCUUGAGAAGACGCCGAGAUGACCACCUUCGAGUCAAUACAAUGAUACCACGACGACGUGCGCAAUACGUCACACUGCCAUUCGGAAGAUCUCGCCCGUUGUGAUAUGAGUGCCGAUGGCUUUGGUACGAGUCACCGUAGAGGCGGCCGGCAAUCUGAAAGGCCACAAUGCCGACGCGGGCUCCGACGAUUGUGGAGGGUGGCCGUGCGUCUCUCCGAAGAUCCAGCCUAGAUAGCAGCCGGGUGGUGGGGUACAAGUGGGCAGGACCUCACC